UCCCCCUCCUCCGAUCCCUUUAACCCUUCUCCUUUCCCCGCAGGGGUAGGGUUACGCCGCUCGGAUCUGGAUUCUCGACGGAGGAUCCCAACCAUCUCGAUCUGAUCGAUCCGCUGCGCGUCCAUGGGCAUCCUCUUCACCCGCUUGUUCUCGUCCCUCUUCGGCAAUCGGGAGGCUCGGAUCCUCGUACUCGGCCUCGACAAUGCCGGGAAGACCACCAUCCUCUAUCGGCUUCAGAUGGGGGAGGUGGUCUCGACCAUCCCAACGAUCGGGUUCAACGUGGAAACCGUGCAGUACAACAAUGUUAAGUUUCAAGUUUGGGAUCUGGGUGGGCAGACGAGCAUUAGACCCUACUGGAGGUGCUACUUUCCAAACACUCAAGCUGUUAUAUAUGUUGUUGAUUCCAGCGACACAGACAGACUUGUGACUGCUAAGGAUGAAUUUCAUGCUAUCCUGGAGGAGGAAGAGCUGAAAAGUGCUGUUGUCCUCGUGUUUGCAAACAAGCAGGAUCUGCCUGGUGCUCUUGAUGAUGCUGCAAUAACAGAAGCCUUGGAAUUACACAAAAUCAAAAAUCGUCAAUGGGCAAUUUUUAAAACUUCAGCAAUAAAAGGAGAAGGGCUUUUUGAGGGACUGGAUUGGCUUAGCAAUACACUCAAGUCAGGUGGAGGCUAAACUUUGCUAAAAGCACAACUCAUAUCCUAGGUCGGGGACAAAACCUUUUUGAACUCUGGAAAAAAUUCGACGACACCGCAUAUUGAUAUUAAAUCUUGCUGAGCGUACGGUAGCCAUGAAUUUUCCUUAUUCAGAUCUACUUGAAAAGUUGUGGUUCAAAGAUCGAAUACAUGGUAAUUUUAGUUGUUAUUAUUUGUAAAAUUUGUUGCAAGAAAUCUUGUUUUAUUAUCUUUCAUACACAAAGGAUACGAUG